AUGGCGUCAGCGGACACCUUAAUGCUGCCUUCUUCGCCUCUGAAGCAAUUCGCAACAUAUAAUAUGUCCUCCUCACCCACGUUCCUGUCGCCAAACGAGAUCUUCAAGCGCAACACCGCUGUUAUGACCACUGGAGGUCGAAGUACACCAAUUCCUCAACGCGAUGUCGCCUCGUUUACUAGCACAGCAGCGCUGUUGAAGAAGUCCUCACUCGACGACCUCGAGUCCUCCGAUUACUCUGGUCCCAAUAACCACACAUCCAACUAUUUCAACGCCCCAAAACUUGCAAAAUCCAAACUGAAGGCCUUGAGCGUGAGUGACGAACCGAUUACCGAAAUCGUCACGAAAGCCCAACGAAAGACAGCCCCCCCAAAGGCAGAAGACGAUAAUGAUGCGCCAAAAGUCAAGAAGGUGCGGAAACCACGAGCGAAAAAGGCUGAGGAGUGCGAAGGCGGAAUUGGCCCUGUGAAGAAAGCCCCUGUGCGCAAACCCCGGUUGAAGAAGGCGGAGAAGGAAACGACUGAGGAUAGGCCCGGGAAAGAAAAGCCAGUACGAAAAGCAAGAACAAAAAAGUCGGAGGGUGCUUCUCAGACAAAGAUACCAAAGGGCCAAGUCAUAAAAGCCUCCGUUAGUACGACGUUGGGCAAGCAUGAUGGAACACCUAAAUCGAAAGAGGCGGAAUUAGUGCGGGUGAUAUCUCCCGACCCAUUUUCAGAUUCUCUUGAUUAUGGUUUAGCCAUGGCAGUUAGCAGACGUACUGGCUGGACGCCGCCGUCGAAUUUGGCCAAGGCAAAUUUAAUAAAGCAAGCCCCGACCCCUACAGAGCCAGGGCAUGUUUUACCUGCAUCAGUCGUGCCGGACGGCGAAAAUAAAGGCUUCCAUGACCUCUUCCAUAGCUUUAGAUUUGCCCAGAGCGGGGCUAAACCCGUCGGAACGAAGGAGUUGGAUGGCGAGGGAACAAGAAAGCGGAAACUCAUUGAGUUAGUUCAAACCACUGUAUCAUCAGCAACGGCAGCUGCCACUACACCGAAACCGAAAGCACCUAAGAAGAAACCUAGGACUAUCACCGAUCAAGCUACAUCUGCUUAUGCAGAAGAGCAUGCGGAAAGCUUGCCUGGUGCUCCAGCACCACUGCUCCAAUACUUGCCCUGCCAAAUCAACGAUAACGAUACCAGCGAUGCGUUCAAGAUACCGCGAAAGCCACGUUCACAGCUUCCGCCCAAGAGAAUUUCAAAGGCUAAGAAAGGAAGCGCCGAAGCCCCAAUUCUACUUUCACCUGAAUCAGCAUUGAAGCAGGUUGGGCAUCAAGAUUUCGUAUUUGGCACCUCCAGUCAACUUGCACGGGAGACUUCGCCAACUCUUCUCCGAGAUUUACAUGAUGCGAUGCAAGCUUCAAACCAAAUCGACUACGACCCAUUUACGGAUUGGAUGGAUGAGCCAGCUUCCCCAGCUUCUCUGAAGCCCCCAGGAAGGACAGUAUCGUCUGCCAAAAGAACUCUGUGGUCUGCCGGGGCGCGUGAUGCCACUGGUAAUUUGUUGGAUGUGGAAGUAAUUGACAUCGUAGACUCGCCAAUGGCCAUGAAGGUAGAUGAUAAAAAAACAGCUAGGCCGAAUAGUACCCGUUCUUUACCCGGCUCCGAAGAGAUAUGGCACGAUAUCGAGGAUAUUAUCGAGUCCUUACCCGAAAAUUCAGAACCUAGAGAGCCACCGCUUAAGGGUGCCUUUGCAGCGGAAACGGCAACCAUACCGAUAGUGUCGACUGAUCCGCCGAAGAGUGCGACAUCCAGGUUACAAUCUACAAAGUCCGCACAAACAUCCAAACCAAAUGAUGCGCCUCUUAGUGCCACUCAGUCAUCCACCACAUCUGCGAGACAUGAAGAUUACCAAAUGCCAGAUUUUGACUCCUACACCACUAUUCAAUUAACAAAGGAGCUAGCAUCAUAUCGCUUUAAACCUGUGAAGCGCCGUGAACAAAUGAUUACACUGCUUGAAAAGUGUUGGGAAAGUAAAACUAGGACAGCUCUGGGAUCCUUGGGGCUCAACGCCGCGCCCUUGUCUCCAACCAAGCCAGUAAUGACGAUACCUCCGCCAUCCAGCCAGGUCAGCCCUGAGUCCCCAAAGCGGCCUCGAGGCAAGCCAAAAAGUAACAGCGCCGUAACUACUGCAGUUUCAGCUACCCAGUCGAAGACAAAAGGAAAGGUUGGCCGACCAAAGGCAACGGAGAAAACAAAAGCUCCUGACUUAAAUAGCGAUGUACCACUAUCAAGACCUCGAACACCCAAAAAGUCAAAAUCGACAGCUAGCCGACCUAUCGAUGAAAUCUAUGACUCCGAUCCACCAACACCAUCACCGCCUCGCCGCCGACCCUCUCAAAUAGGAUCACAGUUGCCUCUUAAACUCUCGAGUACUGUUGACGGCGAUGUUGCGGCCCUCACGCCGGAGUCAUCACAAGCGCCACUUUUCACACACAUAACCCGUGCAAUCAAAAUUUCCCCACGUUCGAAAGAUCCCCUGAAGCCGAGCUGGCAAGAGAAAAUACUACUAUUUGACCCUAUUGUAGUUGAAGAUCUAUCGACGUGGCUGAACACCGGCGCCUUAGAAAAGGUGGGUUGGGAUGGAGAGGUGAAUCCAAAGGAAGUAAAGCAAUGGUGUGCUAGUAAGAGCAUAUGCUGUCUGUGGAAGGAGAAUCUGCGUGGCGCUACCAGAAGUCAUAUGUGA